AUGGCGCGUACUACCAAUACCGGUCCGGAGACCGCUCAAGGCGUCGACGGUGGCCGACAUGGAUCGACCGACUCGACGGUCUACAAUGAGGAAGGUGGCAUAACAACCCCCGAAAGUCAGAUGCCAAAGGUCGACAUGGCGCAUGCGGCGAGCUUGCGCCCGUCCAGGCUACAUGGCAAGCCAUUGCUUGUCAUGGUCAAUGUGCUUGCCGGUGUGGCCUUUGUCACGUUCGGAUACGACCAGGGUGUCUUGUCAGCGCUCUUGACGCUGCCUUCGUUCAUCCAGACCUUCCCGCAAACGGCGGACGGAUUCAACGGUCAACAGGCGGCUGUACUUCAAAGUUUCCUCGUCGCUUCCUACCUCAUUGGCUGUUUCUUCGGUGCAUUGGUGAACCUGUGGCUCGGCGACAAGCUCGGACGGAAGAAGACCAUUGUCUGGGCCGGCAUUGGGCUGAUCGUCGGUACCGGUCUUCAAGCGGGAGCGGUCAACUACGCUAUGAUGAUUGUCGCUAGGAUCUUUACUGGAAUCUUCAACGGCCUUCUGACUUCUACUGUCCCGACGUAUCAGAGUGAAUGUGCCAAGCCUCACCGGCGUGGCCAGCUCCUCCUCCUCUCCGGCAGUCUCAUUACUUUUGGUAUCAUGUGUGCCUACUGGAUCAACCUUGGAUUCUACUUUGUCAACGGCCCAAGUUCGUGGCGUGUCCCCAUCGCCCUCCAAUGCGUUUUUACCUUCACCAUGCUUUUCCUCUUCUGGAUCUUCCGCCUCCCCGAAUCCCCUCGAUGGCUUGCCUCCAAAGGCCGACACGCCGAAUGUCUCGCUGUCCUUGCCGCUUUGGACGGCAAGACCGUGGACGAUCCAGCUGUUCAAAAGAUCUGGCACGGUAUCGUUGAUGCGGUCAACCAGUCUGCCGGUGAUUUCCAGCUUGGCGAGCUUUUGACACACGGCCGGAGCCAGCAUUUCCGGCGGACUUUGUUGGGCAUGGGGUCACAGUGUUUCCAGCAGAUCACGGGUAUCAACUUGAUCACUUACUAUUUGACCAGUGUGCUCGCUCAGAUGGGUAUUACCGCCGAACUCUCUCGUGUAUUGUCAGGGGUGAACGGGACUGUCUACUUCCUCACCUCGCUCUUCGCCAUCGCCAUCAUUGAGCGCGUCGGCCGUCGCCCUCUCAUGAUCUGGUGCGCCCUCCUUCAAGGCUGCACCUUCAUCGUCCUCGCCGGUCUUUACAACAGCGUGGAGCAAGGAAAUAAGGGUGCGCAGGGCGUAUCAGUCUUGUGUCUCUUCUUGUUCAACACGUGGUUCUCGGUCGGAUGGCUCGGGAUGACUUGGCUGUAUCCGGCCGAAGUGACCCCGCUACGUAUCCGGGCGCCCGCUAACGCGUUAUCGACGGCCACAAACUGGCUCUUUAACUUCUUUGUCGUCAUGGUCACAGGACCCAUGUUCAACUCUAUCCGAUGGGGAACCUAUGCCUUCUUUGGUGCCCUCAACUUGGUGAUAAUCCUGCCCGCUAUCGUUCUUUUCUUCCCUGAAACCAAGAAGUACUCUUUGGAAGAGCUCGAUCUCAUCUUCGCCUUGGCACACGAGCAAUCCGCCAACCCCGUCAAGAUCUCCCUGUCGGGUGAUAUUCCCGAGGCUGGUUCGGCCGAGGCAGAGAAGAUCCUGGGCGGGACAGGUCAGCGGGGCGAUCCGGAGCUACAGAGUGAGGAGAAGACUAGCUCGAAAAAGAAGGGCGGCGGCAGGUUUGGAAAGAAGGACCAGGAGAAGGAGAAGGGCACGGUGCAGCACUCGGAGGAUGUGGGGAGGAUGGCGUGA